AUGAUCUACAGGUAGAUAACCAGUAAUUUAUUCGGAGAAUGUCGGGACUACAUUCUGUUUUGUAGGGGAGAAUGUGGGGAAAUCUAGAAUAUACAUUGAUAGAAUAGUAUAAUUGUUAUAAGAUAAUUGUGAGUUAAAAGCUAGACCCCCCCCCCAUGUAAUAGUUUUUGUAAUUUCAGUUAUUUUAUUAAUAAUGGUUAUUUAAUUAUUCAGUACAUGCAUGUCAAUUUGUAGUAUACAGCUAUGUGAUGGGUGUCCAGUUGGUGGCAGUAAGCCAGAGAGAAACCCCCCCCGGAGAAAAACCUAGAAAAGAAAAGUUAGUUCACGCGAGGUUUUGAACGAGACUAUCAGUAUUGAGUCAUGUUGUACUGUGUGGUACGGAGCUGUUGCGAAUGACGCUGGCUGAAUAAAAGAACCCAACCAAAACACACGCUUGUUCAUUCCUUCAAGUGUGCUACAGUCAUCCUAUUGAAGGCUGGGCCGUCGUGUACUACAUCACACACCUGUGCGUAUCACACCUCUUCCUUCCUUCUGCUUCUCGCGGUUAGAGAUCGGCGAGUGUGGAUGCUGUCAGAGUCAUGAGAGUGUGAUGUGUGUGUGUCAGGCUGAAGGGGGCUCUUCUGUUCAUCAGGCUGGCUCUCAUCGGCACCGGCUUUGCCUUCGUUAAAUGCAUCCUGUCGGACAAAGAGAAGAGGAUCUUCAUGAUUGUCAUUCCUCUGCAGGUUCUGGCUAACGUGUCCUAUAUCAUCAUCGAGGAGACGGAGGAGAGCGCGAGUGAAUACACUCUCCGGAGGGAGAUCCUGUUCCUGGUGGAUCUCAUCUGCUGCGGAGCCGUCCUGUUUCCUGUCAUCUGGUGCGUUUCUGAGCGUCACACUCGGGGUGUGCUGAUAUUUACGGUUAUUAAAUGUGUUUGUCUGUGUGUUUCUGUGUCUAACAGGUCCAUCCGACACCUGCAGGAGGCUUCAAACACGGACGGCAAAGGAGAUGCCAUGAACCUGGAGAAGUUAAAGCUCUUCAGACAUUAUUAUGUGAUGAUCAUGUGUUAUAUCUACUUCACGCGUAUCAUCGCGAUUCUGCUGAAGCUCACUGUGCCUUUCCAGUGUCAGUGGUGUCACGAGUUUUUAGUGGAGGUUUCUACUCUGAUCUUCCUCGUCUUGACGGGAUUCAAGUUCCGUCCGGCAUUAAAUAACCCGUAUCUCCAGCUGCCUCAGGACGAGGAGGACCAGGAGAUGGAUGAAGUUAUAACGGAAUCCGGAGCGCUGGAGGGCAUCCACAAGGUGAAGAAAAUAUCUAAUGGCCGAGAGAGACAGAGAGAGGUUGUGUUGUGAGUGUCAUAUCAGAGAGGGCGGAGCCUGGACUCUCAAACCCCUCCCCUUCCUGAGGUUGCUGUCAUGGUGCCCACAGACUCACUAUGCAAGUGAAAAAAGACGGAAUGGAAAAAAUGUGUGAGAAUAAAGCGCAGCAGACACCAUUUCCGUGAGAGAGAAUGAGCUGUUUUUCCUAUACAGACUCUGUAACGGUAGACGGAGAUAACGGUACACGGACUGAAUCUCAUGCUCUGGUGUACAGUAAUGAUGUGGUCACUGCUCUAUCUGUUAAUUUGUGCGCUCAUUCCUUCCUUCAUUCCAAAGAUGUACAAUCAUUAUAGUGGAUGUGUGCAAAUAAUUUGAUUUUAGCCUUCUUUUAUUUCCUAAUCUCUUUAUUAUUUAACUGAAGCAGUUUGAUGCUAUUGUUUGUAUAUCAAGGUUUUUCUGUUCAUUUUUGAUUCGACGGCUGUUGGCUAGUGUAAAUAAGGCGCGCUGGUACAGAUGCUUCAUAACACAGGUUGGUUAUCGUGACGCUGGUUACACUAAAGAUCUGGAGAACGUUCAUCUGAUUAAAACAGAGAACCAAACACAACGUGUUUUCUUAGACUAAAUGUCAGAUUUUCUGGUGUUGUAUAUUUGUUUAAAGAGGUCAUAUGAUGCUGCUAAAAAGAACAUUAUUUUGUGUAUUUGGUGUAAUAAAAUGUGUUUAUGUGGUUUAAGGUUCAAGAAACACAUUAUUUUCAAUAUACUUAUUAUUAUUAUUGUUUCUCCUCUAUGCCCCGCCUUCUGAAACGCAUCGAUUUUCAAAGGCUAAUCGCUCUGAAAAGUGUGUGACGGAAAUGUUACGCCUCUUAACACUGUGAUGCCUUGUCCGGCCGGAGCAACGAGACAUAAACAUAAAACCCAUUAUAAACAUGAUAUAAACAUGAUUUUUAGUCGUGUCCUCUUUUGGAAGGACAAACAAAGUAGUUUCGCUUUCACAGUGAAACACACAGCGUCUAUACAACAUGACGGCAGCGGCAACGACAACAAUACAACGAGAACAGAAGGUACACCUUCUUUCUUUGCGUGAACAUCUGGGCGGUGUUAUGCAAAUCUUCCCACAUAGUGACAUAGAGAUGUGGGGCGUGUCAGAACGAGACGUUUCAGGGGGCGUGAAAUCAUAUGACCCCUUUAAAAGAGGCCAGGUCCAUGACUAUAAUGUGUCCUGGAUGAAGCUGAAUGUUCCUGAGAGUUUACUAAAACAACAUUCAGUCGUGCAACAUAACAUUUAUGUGCUUUAUUUUGUUAUAUUUUACUCAUGGCUUCUACUCUGUGAUUUACCCUCCUUUAUCUAACUAAACAGAUAUUGAUAUACAGUUAUAAAUGAAGGAUUAACCGCAUUUACAUCGCGUAUUACUACGAACGCGACAACUGCAUCGCUGCCGUUAAAACUAACGGUCUCCGCUGAAAGCGCGGGAAGCUUCCGGCAUUCAAAUGGCGUUGUUGUUUAGACUUGACAACCUCUCCUGAACGCCACUCCAGUUUUCCCGCGCAAUGCUUCUAAACUGGCUUAAAUUUCCACAAACUGUCAGAGAAAUGUCGUGCUUGAUUAAUGUUGCUGGUUUAUCAGGCUAAUUGUGUUCAAGUGUGAAAUAAAUCAAAUGACUUAAA